UGCACUUAUGUGAAUAUGAACCAUCGAUGAAAACUUGUGUAAUUAUAUUUGUGGAUCGCAGCUGAUCAGUUGUUGUUGUACCGUGUUUGCGCGCGAAUAACUAUACAUGAUGAUGUUCGUAUCUAAAUUACUUUAUGCAACUUUCUUUUACGUGUCAACAUUGAAGUGUUCUACAUCGGAGUCAACAGAAGUACCGUUUAAGUAUGAAAAUAUUAAAUCGGACAAACAUAUUCUUGAUUAUUUAUUGAGUCCUGGAAAGUAUGACAAACGAUUAUUGCCGUCGGUACAGGGACCUGCAUUAGUCAACGUCAGUGUAGUGCUGUUCACGCUAUCGUCUCCAGAUGAAUCAAGCUUGAAAUAUGACAUCGAGUUUUUGCUGCAACAAGAAUGGUACGACCCGCGGCUACGGUUCUCCAACCGAACCAACUACAAUGUACUGAACGGCAUUCACCACCACGACGACGUAUGGCUACCGGACACGAAUUUCCACAUGCACGGAGACUUCAAGCAGACUCAGAGACCGAUGCGGUUCACAUUGAGUGUGUAUAAAGAUGGUCGGGUGGAGUACACUACCAGGCGUCAUCUGGUGCUGUUGUGCGAAGGUUCGAUGAAUAUAUUUCCGUUCGAUCAACCACUGUGCACGUUUUCCAUGGAGAGCAUAUCGUACGAAAAAUCAGAUCUGAAGUAUGUGUGGAAGAACAACAGUUACAUUUUGAUGAAAUCGCCUUAUUUGAAAACUUCAAACGCGUACUUGGUGCGGAACCGCACUUAUGAAUGCGCUUCCACCGGAAGUUGGAGAGGCGAUUACAGUUGUCUGCAAGUGGAAAUGAUAUUCAGCAGGGACCGAACGUUUUACUUCGCGACCAUUUUCAUACCGGGGUUGAUUUUGGUGACGUCGUCGUUCAUCACGUUUUUCCUGGAAUGGAACGCGGUGCCGGCGAGAACGAUUAUAGGCGUCACGACGAUGUUGAACUAUUUCACGACAUCCAACAGCUUUCGGCGCACGCUGCCCGACGUGGCCAAUCUGACCGCUAUGAACGUGUGGGACGGCGUAUGUAUGUCGUUCGUGUUCGCCAGUUUCGUGGAGUUCGUAAUCGUCAACAGGACGGGGCGAAGGAAGAUCAAAUCGAAAAACUUGGGCAACUGCAGUAUUUCAAAGAAGAUCGCCAAAGAGUUUAAAUGUACGGAGUGUACUCAAAACGUUUGUUCGCAUUCUCUACUCAUAGACGUAAUUCCAAAAGCGAACGAAAACAUCGAGAAACUGUCAAACAAUCCGGUCCAUCUAGCCAAAACAAUCGACAUGAUAGCGCGUUUCACGUUUCCCUCGUUGUUCGUCAUGUUCUUGGCGUUCUUUUUCUUUUAUUACUCGGUUAACGCCAACAAUCAGGUUAUAUCCAUCGGUUCCGACUGAGAACUCGCACGCCGAUUUCAAUAAUAACAAUAAUAAUGAUAGCAACAAUACCGUCUCGUUGUUUUCUGUUGUCGGCACGUCAUCAUUGCACAUGCAUGCGCACACCUAAACUCCGAUUAAAAUGAAACGUGUCGACAGUGAAACGAUUUAUAGCAAAAUCGGUGCGUUUAGCUAAAUGUUUCAACCACCACGUUUUCGUAAUGUUAAAACCGUGUACAUUUAAUGGAAAAUAAUAAUAAUAAAGAAAAACCGUUUCACGAUAUUAUCGUAUUAUGGCAUGCGCUCAGCACUGGCUGUAGACAAAUUAUUUACAUGAGUACAUGUUAGAUAUAUAUGUAGUUUAUAAAAAUUAUUAUAUUCGUUAUUUGAUAAAAAAAACUUCCAAGUUAAAAUUUUGCUCAAGGUUCGAUACGGCAAGCCUUAACGAAUGAAAAUAAUAACGAUAAUUUUUCCGCAAUAUAUUUGUUGACGAACGCAGCAGUAUUAUGCCCGGCCAUGUAUUAUACGGACCAAGUAGAUCGCUUUUUUAAGACCGUAAAGUGAUUAUGGAAUACAUCUCACCUACAGCGUCUACUGUUCCCCUUGAUGGACGUGAAACAUUUGUAUAAGAAAUUGUAUUAUUUAUUCAUGUAUUUAUUUGGCAAUGUAUAGACUAACGGUA